AUGGCAACGAACCAUCCAACCGAGGAUGCUAUCAUCAUUGGCAUCGAUUUUGGGACGACAUACUCGGGUGUCGCCUUGGCAUACUCACGGGAGCCAAACGACAUUGCGAUCGUGACAAGCUGGGAGGCCGAGCUAAACCACUGCUCAGAUAAAGAGAAAGCACCAACUCAGCUGUUGUACGACAGCAAUAACGAUACCACCUGGGGAUACUCCAUCCCUGCCGACGAAGACGCCUUGAAGUGGUUCAAGCUCCUGUUGCUCAAGAGAGGCGACAUUCCAGCCGAUGUCGCGACAUCUGAACAGCUCUCCAACGCUCGUCACCUGCAGGAAGCGACAGGCAAGCAGCCCGUCGAAACCAUUGCUUGCUUUCUCAGGAAGCUAUGGAAACAUGGCAUCGAGUCCAUCAAGCGCAGUAUCGGCACCGAGCUGCUAAACAAGUCCAAGUUCCAUGUCGUCAUCACCUUUCCAGCCAUCUGGCCUCCCUACGCUCAGAGACACAUGAAGAAAGCUGCAGGCCUCUCUGGCAUCCUUGAUGCUCGAUCAUGCGGCGCCACCACGAUUCGUUUCGUUUCAGAGCCCGAAGCAGCGGCUCUGGCUACUAUCCAGGACCUUUCAAAGAGGUCAACCAUCAAGCCAGAUGAUACCAUCAUUGUCUGCGAUGCUGGAGGCGGAACAGUCGACCUCAUCAGCUAUAAGAUCCAAUCGACAGAGCCAUUCGUCGUCAAGGAGUGUGUCAAAGGAGAUGGAGCCCUGUGUGGUGGAGUCUUUCUCGACGAAAACUUCCUCAAUCUCAUCAAAUCCAAGGUCCCGAGAGGAGCUUGGGAUCAAGUCAGCAAAGCAGCGGAAAAGAGAUUCCUCAACGACGGGUGGGAGCACGGCAUCAAGCCGCAGUUUGCGAAUCAGCAAAGAACUUGGCUGGUUGAUCUGCCCGACGCCUGCAAUGACGCUCCCCGGAAGGUCAAACGCCGCCGUGCAUUUGAGCUCACCUCGGACGAGAUUCUGUCUGUAUUUUCUCCCAUUGUCGACAAGAUUGUCUCCUUGGUGCGCCGCCAGUAUGAUGCCAUUGAAAGAAAGUACUCUCAGCACCCAAAGCACAUCAUUCUCGUCGGCGGUUUUGGUCGUUGCCGAUAUCUUUUUGACCGGCUGCAGACCGAGUUUGACUCGUCAGUCCUACAGGCUCAGGGUAGCAAACCGUGGACUGCUAUCUGCCGUGGCGCUGUCGUUCACGAGCUUUCCAAGCAGAACCUUUCUGUAGACAUUGGUGUGAGGGUAGAGGCAAGGAUUGCCCGCAUGAGUUACGGUGUCACCAACAGCUCGGUCUUCGAUGAUUUCAAGCAUCUACAGACUGACAAGUACUGGUCCAAGAAGGAACAGAGGUACAAGGCCAUGAACCAAAUGACGUGGUUCUUGAAAGAGGGAGAUGACAUUACCAACAAACGUCCAGUCCGACAUUCUUUUUACCAGCUCUACUCAGAACCCGUGGGGUCUGUCAAGAAUGAUAUACACUGUUCCGCGUCCUACCCAGUUCCCUCGAGAAAUGACCACACCGUUGAACGGCUGUGCACAAUCAGAUGGAACAAGCAUGCGAGCCUCGGGUCGCUCCCACUGUAUACCAACCCCAUCGGAGACGCCUACCACGAGCUGAAUUAUACCGUCGAGAUGACAUGCGAAGAUGGGACUGUCGACUUUGCAGUCUACCACGAUGGGCAGCGGGUUGGGGCGCAAAACGUCGAGGUUGAGUUUGACUGA